GUCCGUUGUCUGCCACUGACUGACUGUGCAUUGUCGUAAAACUGCCGCGAAGCUCGGUCAGUUUACGGCAGUGUUUGUCAGCGGCGGUGCUCUCCGGUUGUUGUGACGGUAAACAUCCCACCAGGUCCCGGACUCAGGAACACGUGUGUGCUGCGACAGAGGUAUGAAGAUGAGGAAGAGACCAAACAUCCUGUUAACAGGGACCCCCGGCGUUGGGAAGACCACGUUAGGGAAGGAGCUGGCUGAGAGGACUGGACUGACCUACGUUAACAUCGGAGACCUGGCUCAGGAAGGACAGCUGUAUGAUGGAUAUGAUGAAGAGUACCAGUGUCCCGUUCUGGAUGAAGACAGGGUGGUGGACGAGCUGGACGAACAGAUGGUGGAGGGAGGAGUGAUCGUGGACUAUCACGGCUGUGACCUGUUUCCUGAACGAUGGUUUCACAUCGUCUUCGUCCUCCGCACGGACAACACACAGCUGUACAACCGGCUGGAGAGCAGGGGCUACACCGGGAAGAAGCUGCAGGACAACGUGCAGUGUGAGAUCUUUCAGACCAUCUAUGAGGAGGCCAUGGAGGCCUACAGCCAUGAGAUCGUCCACCAGCUGCCCAGCAACAGUCCUGACGACGUGGACCAGAACCUGGACCAGAUCGUACAGUGGACCGAGCAGUGGAUGAAGGACCACAACUAGAAGGUGGACUCCUGCUGGCUCCUCCUGCGGGGCCUCAGAAUGCAUCUACCUGAUGGAGUGUUUCAUGGACUGUGAUCAGGCUGAUGUUGAAGUCUCUGAGUCAGCACAUCCCACCAGUUUGUAAAUAAAUGACGGUGUGUUAACA